ACAUAAACGUGUCAUAUUCUCUAAAGUAAAAAUAUAUUUUCUGGCUCCGUAUUUGUUUUAAAAAGUCAGAAACAUCUCUGCUAUGUCUUGCUGCCGUCACCACGCAACAUGAGCAGCAAGUGACGCAAUUAGGAAUUCCUCUGCGAGGCUAGGGCGUCUCAUUUCAGUGUUCCCUUCUUAGACUUUUGAGGCUACGUGCUUUGAAGAACAAGUCCUAAUUUUUAUGUCCGCGACCUUAGAAGGUUGCAGCCCCCGAACUGGGACACAGCUAUAGUCUCAUCGACAGUCAUGAUUCUGUACGCUUUUGGCCUCGUACUCUUGUUCUAUGUGUUUCGGUGGUUCCGAGAAUUGAAAAGAGUCCCAAACAAAUGUGAGAAGUUUGUGUACAUCACCGGCUGUGAUUCUGGCUUUGGGAAUCUCUUGGCCAGACAUCUGGAUAAGAAGGGUUUCCGUGUCGUCGCCGGCUGUUACACAGAGAAGGGAGAAGAUGAGUUGAAGAAGAUCUGCACUGACAAACUCACAACAUUGCAUUUGGAUGUUAGUGAUCAUGACAAUAUCAGCAAAGCUGCAGACACCAUCAAAACCCUGGUGGGUCAGAGAGGUCUGUGGGCUGUGGUAAACAACGCUGGUGUCUCUGUCCCGACGGCUCCUAAUGACUGGCUGCUUAUUGAGGACUUUAAACACAUGUUAGAUGUCAAUCUGUAUGGAGUUAUUGACGUCACUCUCAGUGUUUUACCUCUCAUUAAAAGAGCCAAAGGAAGAGUGGUGAAUGUGGCCAGUGUAUCAGGACGGAUUAGUCCCACUAUGGGAGUGUACUCCAUUUCUAAGUAUGGAGUAGAAGCAUUCAAUGACAGUCUGAGGAGAAGCAUGGCACCAUUCGGAGUGAAGGUUUUAUGUAUUGAACCUGGAUUCUUCAAAACAAGCGUCACUGACUCCAGUGCCCUGCAAAGGAAUUUUGAGAAAAUGUGGGAGAGGUUGCCACAGGAUGUCAAAGAUGAGUACGGCAGUGACUACAUGGACAGACUGAAUGAUGUGAUGAGGGAGAAGUUUAAUAAGGCACUAGAUCCAGAUCUGAUGAAGGUUGUGAAGUGUAUGGAACACGCUGUGGCUGCUGUUCAUCCCCGGACAAGAUAUUCUCCAGGCUGGGAUGCAAAGUUCUUCUGGCUGCCUCUGUCCUACAUGCCAACCUUCAUCUCUGAUGCUUUCUUUUUAAGAAAUGCUGUUAAACCAAAAGUUUCAGUCCUGUAGAUACACUUUUACCACUUAACACUGUUAACAAAUAUGCUGAUUAAUACAGACUUUAACCCUUAUGCUUCGUUUGGGGUGUACACUCGUGGUCUUUCGGGUCUCCAGAGACCCCAGGCAACAAAGUGUAAUUUUGUAACAAAAUGAUUGUUUUGUUUGUUAAACAAAUGUCAUUUAACUCUGUUUAUUAAUGUUUUUUACUCUACAUUUGUGCAGUUUUUGGAGGAAUUAUGAUAUUUUAACAUUUCUAUAAAUAAAUAAAAAAUAUAUUUUAAAUAGGUUUUUAAACAAAAAUAGGUUUUUAUGUACAAUUCACUUGAUAAAAGACCCACAUUUCUAACUUUCAUUCAUGGGUAUAACAUGGGUAAUUUGACAUUGUUUAGUGUAAGAUUUCUGCCCAGCUUUUGGGAAAUGCCGUUUUAAAAGUAAAAAAUGAUCACUUUUACCAGUAGAAUAUAUGGAGGAAUUUCAUGAUAUGUCUUUAUGUUUUUGAUCAUUAUUCACUAUGUAUUGCUCUUCGUUUUAAACACAUUUGUAUGAGAUUGUGAAAAGCACCCUGCACAGCUGUGUUUUUGAUGUCUGGCAGUGUUUAUGAAAUCUGUGGACUUUUUCCGGCCCCAACCCUACAUGUAUGACCAAAUCUGGGCAGGUUCCGCCCCGUUACUAUGACUACAAUCUACAUUGAGCAAGGCCACAGUUUUGCCACAGAUAAAGACAAGAGUAGGAGGUGAAGAAGGGGAAACAGGUCAUGAUGACCAUGACAUAAUUGUGGUGGGCGAGGAUAUAUAAAAAUAUAUUUAAAAAAUGAGGUAAUAGCCAGCCUACCACGAAUAAAUACGCACCUUGUUGCUUGGGAUAUAUUGGUGGUAGAAAAUCAACAAUUGGUUAAUAAAAAUAAGAGAUAACGGGAAUCUACCUGAUUGGUUUUAGAAAGGACCACCUUUCAGAAGUUUCACUAUAACUGUAGACUGAAAACACUUGGUUUUUAGAUGACUUGGAAAAUCUCACUUUGUUUGGCUCGAGCAAAUAAAGUUAACUCCUUGACACCCGGACCUUCUUUGUCUGAGAUUUUUUGAACUACAAGACUGAUAUUUUUCCACAACAAUUGCUGCAGAGGUCCACUAUGUGCUAUUUGACCAACUGAAAGAUAUUAAGAUAAGAUUUUAACAAGUUUUUUCAGUUAGAUUCAUAUUAUGGAUUGGAUUCACAAUUAUAACAAUAAAAAUGACUUCUUAUCAAAGUUUAGCAUUUUUUGUACUGAAAAAAAUCUGUUUUUCAAUAAUAUUACAUUAUGAUUAGAAUCGAACCUGAACAAGAUGUUACAAAGAGGAAAGUUGCAGUCUUUGGAGUUUAUAAUUUAUUUCAAUCAUCUGUUUUUCAUAUACAGUAAUUCUACAAAUUUAAUCUAAACAUCAGUCACUAACUGUAAGAGAACUGUGUGUCUGUGCUAAAUUGCUUUCAUCUCUCUCUCUGUGUGCGCAUGUGAGCAUGAUCAUUUUGCAUUGUGGAUGUUUUUUGCUUUGUU